UUUAACCUGUGUUCAGAGGGAUCUUGUCUGCUUACAUACACUGAUCAGACCUUUGGGCUGCAGAGUGACUCUGUGCUUUUUUGUAAGAGGAAAAAAUUUCUCCACCUGGGAGAGAGAGAGAAAAGCACUCCCAAGCUUGUUUUGGAUAAGAAUAUUGCUGCUCAUCCUGGCAACCAUGAGCUGGACCCAAAUGUCUGCCAAUGCCACUGGAAAAGCAAAGAGCAAAGGUCAGUGGUAAGUGAAAUCAACAUUGCAUUACAGAAGAGCGCAGGACUCUGGUAUCUGUUUGUUAAUUAACAUACCUCUCUAGAAGAAUCUGGAAAUGUGAGAGGGAUAUCAAAGAAUCAUCUAGCAAGAUUCUGAGAUUCCCUUUUCCAUCUUCCUCAUCUUAGAGGUGGGGUAAGGAAGAAAACUGCCAACUCUGAGAGCUCCUGUGCCCUUCUGUUGAAAUUCACUUCCCCAUCUACAGAAGCAGGUACAGUAUUCCGUUUGCACAAGUCAUCCAGAAGUUGGCAUCGUUGAAGUGGAAAACAAGACUGGAGCCCUUUCCUGGUAUCUUGGAAAACGUGUUUCAAAAUCAUGCUUAUUCUGACAUACAUGACAAUAUGGACCUGCUUACUGAAUGGUUUCACAAUGACUUGGUACCACAGAAUGGCUGGAGGAGACCCUGUAAUAUCGGAUCGGCCAUUUGUCGCCAUCUGGAAUGCUCCCAGCGAGGAAUGUGAAGAGAAAUACAAUGUUUCCCUUGACUUAGAGACUUUCUAUGUGAUCUCCAACCAGAAAGAAACCUUCAUGGGGAAGGAUAUCACCCUUUUCUAUGGCAACAGGUUAGGUUAUUAUCCACACUACACUGAGGAUGGAACUGCAGUCCAUGGGGGUAUCCCCCAAAAUGCCAGCCUAAAAGAACAUCUCUGGAAGGCUCAGCAAGACAUUGAAAUAUCCAUUUGGGAAAAAGACUUCAAAGGGUUGGCAAUUGUGGACUGGGAGAGCUGGCGGCCUUUGUGGGUUCGGAACUGGGGGUCCAUGGAAAUCUAUCAGAAUAAAUCUUUAGAGCUAGUUAAGGAGCAGCACCCUGACUGGCCUGCGGAUAUGGUGGCCAUGGAAGCCCACCUAGAAUUUGAACGAAGUAGUCGGGAAUUCAUGGAGAAGACUCUAGCCCUUGGCAAAGGCCUGAGACCAAAAGGUUUCUGGGGCUUCUAUGGCUUCCCUGCCUGCUAUAACUACAACUACAACCUUGCCAAUUACACAGGAGACUGUCCAGAGAUUGAGAAGCAGAGAAAUGAGGAAUUGCAGUGGCUCUGGAACCAGAGCACGGCCUUUUAUCCAAGUAUUUAUCUCCCCCAAAAGGUCAGAUUCUUCAACAGAACUCUUGAGUUUGUGCGUCAUCGGCUCCAAGAGGCAUUUAGGAUGGUGAACCGGACAGGGACUGGCAGCACCCCAGUCUUGCCAUAUACUUCUAUGGUGUAUGAGUUCACAGAGGACUUCCUCACACAGGAGGACCUGGUCCACACCAUCGGUGAGAGUGCUUCUCAGGGUACUGCUGGAGUCAUCCUGUGGGGAAGUACAAACUCCAGUGCUUCACAGGAAGCCUGUCUGCACUUGAAGACGUAUAUGGACACUCUUCUAGGGCCGUACAUUGUAAAUGUGACCAGCAGCAGCAGGCUGUGCAGCCAGAUCAUGUGCUCAAUGAAUGGACGCUGUGUGAGGCAAGAGAGCCACCGGGAAGCUUUUCUCCAUCUCAGUCCUGACAGCUUUUCCAUUAAGAGGCAUCCCUUGAAGCCACACUUCACUGUGAGAGGCCAGAUGUCAACGGAGGAGCAACUUAAGAUGGCCAAAGAAUUCAUGUGCCAGUGUUACACUGGCUGGGAAGGCUUCCAAUGUGAGAAAAAGUCAGCCUAGAAUGACAGGUACUCUGCCUAGAGUAACAUCUUGUGUCCAUACAUGUGCUGCAAGAUGAAUAGGUAGAUGGGGAUAGAUGUGCUUGUUUUGUAAUUGUAAAAAAGGCAUCUAUACAAAGCAUGUACUCCAUAUUCCAUCCCAACCCUCUGGCAUAAAAUUUCAUCAUAGUAUCUUCCUCUCAACGUGCAAAUGCGUGCAUGGACACACGCAGACUACCUGCAGAAGCAUCCUUCUGACAUCUACCUGAAAGAUAUAUUCUACUCCCAAGAUAUACAAAUUGUUUGAGAGGGACAGCCUUAAAAAAGGCCCCCCUGCAGUGCGCCAACAAUCUGCACUAAAACUAUCAACACAUGUGAGCAUCUCUCUAUUUGUGUGCGUGUUUACAUAAACUGUUAACGGCAUACAUUCUUGGCUGUUGUUCCUGUGUGCGAGUGUACUCCAAGAGGACUGGUAAUUAUUAUGUGUAGGCUUUGUGUUUCAAGCGGGAGUCAUACAUCUGUUUUCAAAUUUUACUAGUAGUGAAGAGGAUGUCUUGGGUUGAAUGCAUGCCAAAUUUCAACUUUUUGUCUGGUAAGGAAGCCCGCUGUAGAGCUAAUACCACAAAACAGACUCUGUGAUGGAUUAUGCUGUUCUUUCCCAUUUCCAGAUGAGAGUGGCACUGCCAUGCCAUGCCAUAGUCAGACUCCGAAGGGCCAACAGUCAAAGGUCCAAGGAAGCAUUAUUUCAAAUUGUCAGUCUUAGAUCAUCUCUGUACAGGAUGCACUCAGCAGCAGUUGUUACUGCUAUUCAGUAACAACAAUUUGUUACUGCAAAUGUGUGAAGACUAUGGGUCAGUAUUUGCAUCUGAUGUAUCUCUUAAAGCAGAGACUCAAACUUUUUUGGAAACAUGGACACAUUUAGCAAUUUUAGAAAAUGCUGCAGGCACCAGCACAAAUGCCUAAUCAGUGGGUUGUCCCUUUGAUAUCUCCUCGGCCCGGCUAUGGAUCUUAGCUUUUGUCUUAUUCAGUGAAAUGUUCUUUCAUGUCCAUUGGAUAAUGCAUUGCCCUUUAAUGUAAAAUCAUAGAAUAGAGCUGGAAGGAGCUAGAAGGUCUAACCAUGUACUGCUGCAGGACACUAAGUUACACCAUCCCACUCAGAUGACUGUCUAGACACUUUGAGUUUUGGGAUUGUUUGAUUCAGCUAAUUGAUGGUGGUACAGUACAGGAAAUGCUUCUUGUAAAUAUAUGUCUUGGCAAUGUCCAGUAGUUGUUUCCUUUUGGGAGAAGGUUUUUACACAGACAAAUUCUGUACUGGAGCGCUCCUUAAUAUUUACUGAUGUACAUGCCAAUUAAAUUUAUUAACCUGCUCCAUGGAAAUUAACAAAUAGAAGGAGAAAUGAAUCCUCUGUGCCCUUCGGAAAGUGAAAAGACAGAUAUACUGCACGAGAAGGAUAAACACACCCUUGUCAUAAUGCAAGGUAUUAAGGACCUUUACAGUGCUUUGAAUUUAUGAGUAGGUGACAUAGAGAUGCUAACUUCAGGCAGAUGCUUAUUUGGAUAUUUGGUCUGUUUUUCUUGAAGCCAAGGUAUAGUUGCUACACUGUUGUAUGCAUUUCAAACAUGUCUGUGUAUGUAUAUUAAAAAUGGGGGGAUAUUAAAAUGGGUACCUGUGGUCA